UUGACGCGUUGGCUCCAUGUGAGACCCUAAUUAUAUAGCAUAUUGUUCUAGAAAUUCUACAAGUUUGUUUGGAUGCUUUACAUUCUGAGAUUGAAUUUUCUGCAAUGGGCGUCCCUGUCCAAAAAGAGACGGUGUGGGUUCAGUUCAUUGCGGUAUUGUGUUUAUCGGGUUUCUGCACGGGGCAGAUAUCUUACUCUGUGACAGAGGAGACUGAAAAAGGAACAGUUGUUGGAAAUAUCGCAAAGGAUUUAAACGUAAAUUUGCUUGAACUGGAAUCGAGAGGACUGCGGAUUGUAUCGACACACAAUAAGAGGUAUUUUGAUGUAAAUCUGAAGACCGGAGUGCUAUUUGUCAGUGAGAGAAUAGAUAGAGAGGAGCUCUGUAGUAAUGUACUAAAGUGUUUAGUAAACAUAGAAGCCAUUUUAUAUAAUCCCCUAAAUCUCCAUAGAAUAGAGGUGAUCAUAUUAGACAUAAAUGACAAUGCACCGUUUUUCUAUAAAACGUCAUUCAAUAUAAAUAUCACUGAGUCAGCAUAUAAUGGGGAAAGAUUCCCAUUACCAGUAGCUAAAGAUGUAGAUAUAGGGACCAACUCGGUGAAAAGUUACAAGCUGAGCCAAAAUGAUCAUUUCUCUUUGGAUGUACAGAGCGGAGAGCAAACAGUGUCUGCUGAGUUAGUGUUACAGAAAGCUUUAGAUCGAGAGAAACAGCCUUUGAUCCGGUUGACUCUAACUGCUGUAGACGGGGGAAAACCUCCCAAAUCUGGAACGGCGACCGUUGUCAUAAAUGUCGUUGAUGUGAAUGAUAAUACUCCCACAUUUAGCAAACAGCUUUAUAAAGUUCGUGUUUCAGAAAAUGCUCCAACUGCGAUGACAAUAAUAAAACUUGAGGCUACAGAUUUAGAUGACGGUGUAAAUGGUGAGAUUGUGUAUUCUCUGAUUGAGCGCGAUAGUUCAACAUCAUCUGGUUUAUUCAAAAUAGACCAGGACACUGGUGAAAUUACAGUCAAUGGCAAAUUAGAUUAUGAAGAUAAUCCUGCGUUUGAAAUCCGUGUUCAAGCCCGUGAUCGCGGUCAUUCGCCACGUAGUACGCACUGUAAAGUCUUAGUGGAAGUAAUUGACGUUAAUGAUAAUAUACCAGUAAUUUCACUAACUUCUCUUAUGAAUAACAUAAGAGAGGAUUCCCCUGCAGGAUCCGUAAUCGCAAUAUUGACUGUCACGGACGUAGAUAACGGGAAUAACGGAGUUGUUAAAGUAUAUAUUUCGGAUUAUGAAAAAUUUACGCUUAAAUCACCAUAUAAAAAUUAUUAUUCAUUAGUUGUCGAUGGUUCACUAGACAGAGAAAAUAUCUCACAAUAUAAUAUCACUGUAACAGCUACUGAUGAAGGGACUCCACCUCUCUCCAGCACCACUGUCAUUACUGUACACGUCGCUGAUGUAAAUGACAACGCACCACGUUUUCAAGACUCCGUCAUUAAUGUGUAUAUAAAAGAAAACAGUCAGGUUGGAAAUGUUAUUUUUACAGUAUCUGCUUUUGAUCCUGAUAUUGGUGAUAAUUCUAGAAUAUCAUAUUCAUUAGUAGAAAACUCUCAAAAAGCUACUAUUGCAUCAAUGGUAAACAUACAUUCGGACAAUGGUGAUAUUUACAGUCUGCAGUCUUUUAAUUAUGAAGAAUUAAAGACAUUUCAGUUUAGAGUUAAAGCCACAGACUCUGGUGUUCCUUCACUGAGCAGUAACGUGACUGUGAAUGUUUUUAUCCUUGAUGAGAAUGAUAACAGUCCUGUGAUUCUCGCUCCCUUUUCUGAGCAUGAAUCUGUUCACACUGAAAACAUUCCUUAUUCUGCUGAAGCGGGCUAUUUUGUGGCCAAGAUCAGAGCUGUAGACUCGGAUUCUGGAUAUAAUGCACUGCUUUCUUAUCACAUCUCUGAACCUAAAGGAAACAACCUCUUCCGGAUUGGAACCAGCAACGGAGAGAUCAGGACUAAGAGGAGAAUGAGUGACAAUGACCUGAAAACUCACCCACUGGUUAUUUUGGUUUCUGAUAACGGAGAGCCUUCACUGUCAGCCACUGUGUCUGUUGAUGUUGUGGUUGUUGAAAGCAUAGUUGACUUAAAUACUCAGUUUAAACAUGCACCAGUAAGAGAAGAUACUUUUUUGGAUUUAAACAUGUAUUUGCUGAUUGCUGUUGUAUCAGUUUCAGUGAUAUUUUUGAUCAGUCUGAUCAGUUUAAUAGCUGUAAAAUGCUGCAGGACAGACAGUACUUUUAGCAGAUACAGUGCCCCAGUGAUCACUACACAUCCUGAUGGAAGCUGGGCUUACUCCAAAUCCACACAGCAGUAUGACCUGUGUUUUAGUUCUGAUACACUAAAGAGUGACGUAAUGGUUUUCCCUGCACCAUUUCCGGCUGCAGAUACGGAUCUGAUAAGUAUCAAUGAAGGUGACAUCUUAAACAGAACACAGACACUUCCUAAUAAACAUAAGGUAAGACUAAUAUUGUUUUUUGUAUUAUUAUUUUUUUUAAAUCAACUAAUGGUUUUAGCUUAG